AUGGGGCAUGGCGAAACGGAUUUCGGAAGUUUCGAGUUGCAGUUGCAUCGAUGCAUCAGCUGCGAGAAGAAGCGUACGGUCAGCAUGGUGCUUGAGCUACUGUCCAAUAAGCAACUGUUUCGGACGGAAUUUCACCAAUCCACGCGCAAGCUGCUGAGGGUUUGCAAAACCUUCGGUACAGCUCCAUGGGAGCUGACGCUGUUCGAGAACGACGGCAAACCGCUCAAUGGGUGGACGUUGUGGUUGGUCCGCGCAUCCAACGGGCUGUACUCGGUCUUCCUGAUAGCGGUGGUAAUGGUGGCCGCCGUACUGCAGCACAUCGAGUUCGACAGCUACUACAUGCCGUUCAUGACGCGCGUGCUCUACAUCAGCGAGUACAUCAUGGAGAACGGUGUGGUCAUGCUGAUCCUGAUCGGAUGCCAGUGUCAGCGUCGCUCGUACGAACACCUCGCGCAACAACUGCUUGCGAUCGCGAUCGACUCGUCGCUGUGCGGUGGUACGGUCGACUGUCAGCGAAUCGAAACGAUCUUCAACCGGUUACUGUCGUGCGUGAUGCUUUUCUUCGCCGCCGUACUGAUGGUGGACUUCCUCUACAACGACCAGAUCUUCUGGAGCUUUGUGCGCAGUUCCGCGGUCUACACGCUGUCGAACAUAAUCAACGUGCUCGGUUUGUUUCAGUACGCGUACGCGCUGUACGUUGUGUUUUUCUUCUACCACAACAUAAACCGGUUGCUGAAAUCGUACACGCGCCAUUUGCGCCACGGCCAGGAUAAACGGUACGCGCGGCAGCUGGUCAGCGAGAUCGUCCUGCCGUCCGGUGCGCUUUACAAUUACGCACAACUGAUCGACACCUUGCGCCGGACCCAUCUGCAGCUAAGCAAGCUGACCGAGCAGAUUAACGGUUACUUCGGAGUGUUGAUCGUGUCCACCGCGACUGCCUCCUUCGUCGUGCUCAGCUUACAGUUUUUUGGCAUCUACCUAAUAACGACGGCCCAGACCUGGACCAUCACCGAUACGUAUCUGCUAGUGUACACCGUGCUGUGGAUUGUACUGCACGCGGCCAAAAUACUGAUGAUCCUCUACCCGUGCCAUCUGGUGCAGCGCGAGCGGGACCGCACCGGACCGAUACUGUAUCGCUUUGAUCCGACCGUGAAGGACAGUGCGUUGAAUAAUGCGUUGGCGAAAUUUUCCAGCCAGCUGCUGCACGUACGGGGACCCCUAACGGCAUGCGGUGUUAUCAAUCUGGAAAUGACGCUCAUUAGCACGAUGGUAGGCGCCCUUACAACGUAUCUGGUAAUACUGAUACAGUUCGAAUCGGCCGUAACACAAGGUCAGUCUGCUGGUGCUGCGAAUGGCUGUGGCAAUGGCUCACGUCCCGCUUAG